AUGUCUGGUGCAGCAUCUGCGGCCGCAGGGUCGAAACUCUCCGCAUUCAUGAAUCAUCCAGCUGGUCCGAAGACAGUGUUUUUCUGGGCACCAUUGAUGAAGUGGUGUCUUGUUGCCGCUGGUGUAAAGGACAUGAGUCGGCCAGCAGAUAAACUCAGCGUAUCACAAAACGUUGCGCUCGCAUGCACAGGUUUUAUCUGGGUGAGGUACUCAAUGGUUAUUACCCCAGUAAACUACAGUUUGGCAGCGGUGAACUUCUUUGUCGGCUCGACCGGUCUAGGACAGUUGGUUCGGAUUGCAAAGUGA